AUGAAUCAAGAAUCUACCAUGACAGAACGAUGCUCAAUAAUUCUCAAUGAAAUCAAACAAUUAGCUGAUGGAGAAGAUCUAUCAAAAUCGAUCUCUCUUGAAGAUUUGGACAGCAAAGAACGCAAUCAAAUCUACAAUUUCAUCGAAACUGAAUAUUGUAAUCAAAUUGAGUUCGAAAAAAAAUCUUCCAAUUAUGCAAACUAUACUGUUUUGUAUCAUUAUCAUCCAGAAAUUUUCCAAAAUUCAACCAGUUGGUUAGAUUUUGUCAAUUUGUUUUGUGGUGAAAAACCAAUUCAUACAUUACUGAAUUCUAAACUUUGGCGACAACGUACUCUAGGACAAGCACGUACUACACCCAAAACCAAUCAAUUAGCAGAAUAUUUUGUUCGAAAAAUAUUACAUGAAAUGCAAACACCUACUACCGAUGUAGUUCUUCUACACAAUGACGAAGCUGUUUUGCAAUAUGAUCCAUUGGUCUUUCGUCGUCUAAUGGAUAAUUAUCAUGGUACUUUUUUCAAAGUGAUACCUUUUCGAUUAGUAAAAUUACCCCAAUACAAUUAUUUCGUUAAAGAAUAUUUCGAUCCAUCACAAUCAGUAGACAAUGAUCAAAUUGCUAUUACACGUUGUGAAUUCAAAUGCAUUCCACUUCCAUUUCUUAUGCAAUGCAUUAAAAAAUACGAAGAUAAGCCUAUUACUGAAAUCGAUCGCAAGGUUACGAUUGAAUCUGGUCACGUGGCCACAUUGGACGAGUCUAUCUUCUAA